CGUGAGGAGAGGCUGCCGUCCUGCUUUGACUAUGCGAUGCACUUCCUGACGGUGUUCUGGAAGGUGCUGUUCGCCUGCGUUCCCCCCACAGGGUACUGGAGCGGCUGGGCCUGCUUCCUGGUGUGCAUCUCCGUCAUCGGGGUACUGACCGCGCUCAUCGGGGACCUGGCAUCGCACUUCGGCUGCACCGUGGGGCUCAAGGACGCCGUCACUGCCGUGGUGUUCGUGGCGCUGGGAACCUCCGUGCCAGACACCUUUGCCAGCAAGGUGGCUGCGAUGCAGGACCAGCACGCGGACGCCUCGAUCGGGAACGUGACGGGCAGCAACGCGGUCAACGUGUUCCUGGGGAUCGGCGUGGCCUGGAGCGUGGCGGCCAUCUACUGGGAGGUGCAGGGGCUGGAGUUCCGGGUGGAGCCGGGCUCCCUCGCCUUCUCCGUCACGCUCUACACCGUGCUGGCCUUCGUGGUCAUGGGCGUGCUGCUCCGGAGGAGGGGCCCCUCGGUCGGAGGGGAGCUGGGGGGGCCCCGUCCCGCUCGCGUCCUCACCUGCACGCUCUUCCUCGGACUCUGGUUCCUCUACGUCCUCUUCUCUAGCCUCGAGGCGUACUGCUACGUGAACGGGUUCUAGCAGGGGAGAG